AUGGCGAGGGAGGGGAAGAAGAACCGGGUGAACGUCCUGGUCAAGUCGACGCUGUCGGCGAGCCUUCCGGUGAAGCCGGGGAAGACAUACCCGCUGGCGACGCUGGACCACGCGAUGGCGCACCACUCCCUCCACCUCGUCUUCUACUACCCGGCAGCGGCCGUCGCCGCCGCCGGCAUGGGGAGGGAACCGCUGAGGGUGUCCCUGUCGGAGGUGCUGGUGCACUACCCGGCGGUGGGGGGGCGGCUGACGCGGCCGGCGGAGGCCGGCGGGAACUGGGUGGUGCGGUGCAACGACGCCGGCAUGCGGGUGCUGGACGCGCAGGUGAGGGGAACGAUGGAGGACUGGUGGCGCACCGCCACGCCGGAGGAGGAGAAGGAGCUCGCCCAGUGGGAAACCACGGGGGAGGACGUCUUCCUCUGGUCCCCCUUCACCGUCCAGGUGAGUGACAGAAGCAACAGCAUCUCUUUUUUAACGAGCACCGCCCUUCCUUCGUAGACCCUUACCCCCUUCGACGGGGCAGCACCUCUCUCUGACCAGUACCCCGCGGAAGAGGAGAGAGAGAGACGCGAGCUGGCCCGUCUCUACAACUCAUUCAUUCAAUGGAGAGCGAGAGAGAGAGAGGGAGAGCGCCUGUUGGGCGGCGAGCUGACCCGUCUCUACAACUCAUUCACUCAAUGGAGACAGAGAGUGACAGAGAGAGGGAGCGCCGCUCUUGGGCGGCGAGCUGACUUGUCUCUACAGAUUCAUUCAAUGGAGAGAGCGAGCGAGAUAAAGGAAGAGAGGGGGGGCGGGCGCCGCUCUACGGGUGCAUUCAAUGGAGGGGGAGAGAGAGAGAGAGAUGGGGGGGGAGGAGAGUCUUAAAUGAGAAACAUUAAGAGGGAUGGGGUUUCCUUCUUCCUCUCUUUCUUCAUUCCUGUUUUGUUUCAUGGCUUUCGAGAGCUCCGAUUGGGGGCUUGGACGGGUGUGAUAUGACGAUGAACUCGUUGCCGUACGAUGGGGCGGUCAACGAUCUGACUUGUUUCUGGUGAUCCUGCAGAUCAGCGAGUUCGAGUGCGGCGGGUUGGCGAUCGGGCUGAGCUGCGCCCACAUGUACGCGGACCCCAUGUGCGUCACGUUACUAGUGAAGGCCUGGGGUGACGCACACCGUCGCGCCUGCAUCGUCCACCCUCCAUUCUUCCACUCCCCGGCCCUCCGCGCCCGCCCCACCCCCAACCUCGCCACCGCCUCCGUCGAACUCCUCCGCCGCAAGGCCAGCAGCGCCGCUGCCCCCGCCGCCAUGUCCACCGCCACCUUCCGCUUCUCCGACCAGAGCGUCCGCCGCUGCCUGGCCCAGCUCCGCCCCUCCUGCCCCGACGCCGCCCCUUUCGUCGCACUCGCCGCCCUCUUCUGGUGGCGCCUCAAGGGCAGCGCCACCGCCUCCGGCGGUCCGCAGUCGCUGACCCUCUGCCGGGACAUUCGGAAGCUCUUGGACGCGCCGCUCCCCCACGGCUUCUUCGGCAACGCCCUCCACUUCUCCGCCGUCACCGCCGACCUCGCCGACGGCGGGUGGGGCGGCGCCGCGGAGGCAAUCCGGGCCCACCUGGACGGCGUGGAGGAGGAGGAGGUCUGGUCAACGAUCGACUGGGUGGAGUCCCGCAGGGAUCCCGCCACUGAGACCCACGGGGAGGCCUUCCAAAUGUAUGGGCCGGAGUUGACCUGCGCCUGCUUGGACAACCUCUUCUCCUACAGCGCUGCGUUCGGGGCCGAGGCCACCGCCCCGUCCCACGUGGCCUACCACGUAGGCGCCGCCGAGGGGGAGGGGCUGAUCCUGGUCCUACCGGCGCCGCCCGAGCAGGAGGGUACGCUGGGACGGACGGUGACGGUCUCCUUGCCGCAGGAUCAGAUGGACAAGAUUCGCCACGACCCGGUAAUCCUUGACCUGGGCCCCACCGUAUUGCUCAACUCCCCUUCGGCCUAG